CGCGCAGCAACGCAGCCAUCUCGACAAACAGCCACACUUCUUGGCUCUGCGAACAGCCACGGUGAUUCUGCAAUCAUCAUCCUUGUCACGGACAGUCAAUAUCGCCAGCCUCAAGUUUCUUCAAUAUGACUCCGGAACGAAAAUUCGCCAUUCCAAAGGGCUCAACGGUCCUGGUGACGGGUGCGAACGGCUUCAUCGGCUCCCACGUCUGCAAUGAACUGCUGCAGCUAGGGUUUAAUGUCCGCGGAACGGUUCGCGACGUUUCGAAAUGCGCCUGGCUACCAGAGGCGCUGAAGCGACAGAGACCAAAAGGCGACUUUAUGUUGGUUUCAUUGCCGGACAUGGAAAGGGAGGGCGCUUUUGACGCUGCGGUUGAAGGCGUCUCUGCUGUAAUCCAUGCCGCUUCUCCGGUAUCUUUCAGCCCAAACCCCGAGAGUGUCAUCCCUCGCAGUAUCACUGUGGCUCUUAACGCUCUCAAAGCAGCCAACAAAGCGGCGAGUGUGAAGCGGUUCAUCUUCACCAGCUCUUCUGUUGCUGCAGCCCUCCCUCAACCCGAGAAGAAGGGGAUCGAGGUGAACUCCGACAGUUGGAACACUGAGUCGGUGGAGAUAGCAUGGAGGGAGGCUCCGCACCACCCUCAGCGAGCGUGGCAUAUAUAUGCUGCUAGUAAGGUGGAAGCUGAGAUGGCAGUGUGGAAAUUUUAUCACGAGAAUAUUCGGCGUCGUUAUGACUUGAUAGUCAGCAGCGUGCUUCCCGGAACCAACUUUGGAAGAGCUCUGGAUGCGGCCAAUCAGGGCCAUUCGUCAACCUCAUCCUUUAUCGAGAGUCUAUGGAACGGAACCCACGCGGAUCGUCUAGCAAGCAUUCCACCACAGUAUUUCGUCGACGUGGAAGACAACGCUCGACUUCACGUGGCUGCUGCAGUGCUCCCAAACGUUCGCAGCGAGAGAAUCUUUGCUUGGGCUGAGCCCUUCAACUUCGAUACCGUCCUUGACAUUUUGCGCACGCACUUCCCGGAGAAGAAUUUCGUGGAUAACUUCCAUCACUACCGCGAGCUUUCUGUUGUUUCGCAACCCCAAUCGCGAGCGGUUGAGCUGUUGAGGCAACUCGGAAGAGAAGGCUUUGUUCCUUUGAAGCAAAGCGUUCUUCUCAACGUUGAAGAUCUACCAUGAGACGAAUGCGAGAACGACGAACCAGAGAUAUGAAUCGAGAGCAGGCAGUCUUGAGGAUGCGACGAUAACGGGCAGACGCCGACAACUAGGGUUCGCGAUUUUUGCUGAACCCAAUUUCUCUGACAACGUCACUUAGCUGUGGCAGCAUUUUGUUCUACAAUUCCUUUACAUGUACAUACUUGAUCUACAUAUUCGGUGUCCUUGUCUAGCUUCAACACAAGGCCGGGUCAUAGUGUCACUCCUUCAGUAGAUCCUCUCAGGGGUGCCGAUCGCGCGACAGGGGAAAGGGGUAGCUUAACGAGCAUCAACCCUGUCGUCGAGAAUGGCCAAGGUCUAUAAAUAUCACGAUGCACAGAGCACGAGACAAGGUAUCAUUUGGCCCUUCGUGAAAAUUGCGAAUGUCGU